UUCUUCUCUCUCUCUUGAAGGCCGGGAAGAAUUAUCGCACAAGUCCCACAUGAAAACCCCCAACAAAAGGACGCCAAUGGAAGCAGCCAUGUUAUUUCCUCUCUCUAUAUACAUAUAUAUAUGUAUAUAAUUAUAUAUACACACGUUACGUAACGACCUCUCGUUGCCUUUCCCUAUAUAUAUAUCUCUCUCUCGGAACCAGUCAACCUACCAGAUACUCCUCCGACGUCUUAGUAACCCAACGCGUUUCUUUCUCGCGCUCUGUCAUUUCUAGAUCUCAAUUCAAUCAAUAAACUCUUCCCUGUUCAUAUCACUCCUCUUUUGGAUUGAAUUUUCCAGUUGGAGCCAAUGAUGGCAAACUCAAGCUCGGCUUCGGGCCCCAUUUUGAAUGAUUUCUAUAUACCUAAUUACAUACUUAUACCUGAUGCCGAGGUUGAGAAUGUUAAAGAUGUACCAGCAUGUCCGGUGCUAGUAUUCAUCAACUCUAGGAGUGGUGGUCAGUUAGGUGGGGAACUUCUUGUUACAUACCGUAGUCUUCUAAACAACAAUCAGGUUUUUGAUUUGGGAGAAGAGGCUCCUGAAAAAGUGCUACAUAGACUGUAUGUCAAUCUAGAAAAGCUGAGGGAUAAUGGUGAUAAAUUUUCUCCUACAUUUCAGGAGAGGUUGAGAAUAAUUGUAGCAGGUGGGGACGGCACAGCCGGCUGGCUUCUUGGAGUUGUUUCUGAUCUCAAAUUAUCUCAUCCUCCACCAAUUGCUACAGUGCCCCUGGGAACUGGAAACAACCUCCCUUUCGCUUUUGGUUGGGGGAAAAAAAAUCCAGGAACGGAUCGUCAUUCUGUUGAGUCAUUCUUGGUUCAAGUUAAGGAAGCAAAAGAAAUGAGGAUAGACAGCUGGCACAUUCUCAUGAGGAUGAAAGCCCCGAAGGAAGGGUCCUGCGAUCCUAUUGCUCCUCUUGAGCUACCACAUUCUUUGCAUGCGUUUAAUCGUGUUUCUCCAACAGAUGAACUCAACAAGGAAGGUUGCCACACAUUUCGUGGGGGAUUCUGGAAUUACUUCAGCAUGGGAAUGGAUGCGCAAGUAUCGUAUGCAUUUCAUUCUGAGCGAAAGUUGCAUCCUGAAAAAUUUAAGAACCAGAUGGUUAAUCAGAGUACUUAUGCAAAGCUUGGAUGCACACAAGGAUGGUUUUGUGCUUCUCUUUUUCAUCCUUCUUCAAAGAAUAUAGCUCAACUUGCGAAGGUUAGGGUCAUGAAAAAUGGUGAAUGGAAUGAACUCCAGAUAUCUUCCAGUAUCAGGUCGAUUGUAUGCCUUAACUUGCCUAGCUUCUCUGGUGGAUUCAAUCCUUGGGGAACACCCAAUCAGAAGAAAAAGAAUGAGAGAGAUCUGACUCCACCAUUUGUAGACGAUGGCCUAAUUGAGGUUGUUGGUUUUAGAGAUGCUUGGCAUGGGCUUGUUUUGCUUGCUCCUAAAGGUCACGGGACUCGUCUUGCCCAGGCACGUCGAAUCCAAUUUGAGUUUCAUAAGGGUGCAGCUGACCACACAUUUAUGAGAAUAGAUGGGGAACCCUGGAAACAACCUCUCCCAGUCGAUGAUGACACUGUUGUCGUAGAAAUCUCUCAUCUUCGCCAGGUCAAGAUGCUUGCCACCCACGAUUGCAUAUCCAAAAGUGUGCAUGAUCGCGAUCCCUCCGUGCAUGCUGUUGAUAAUACCACUGAUGUAGAGGAUCACAACGAUGAAGACACCGUGGAGGAAGAGAGGAGGAAGUUUGGUGCUGCAAGCACGUUCAGGGUCCCUGAUGAGGUUGACAUUUCUCAUCUUAGUUAAGUCGACAUAAUUCAUUCAUUUACUUGGCUUCCAUAUUGUAUAGGCUUUUGCCAUUUAAAUUUCAUUCACAACUUCAGUAAUAAUAGCUCUAAUUGCUUAAUCAUCGCUAACUGUUAGUUUUAGAAUAGCAGCAACAUGAUAUUGCUGAGUUUGGGAUUUUUUUUUUCCUUCUUAGGCUCGUUUGUUUCGACGUAAAAUAUUCUUUUUGUAAAAUAUUUUUCUUUUUCAGGUAAAAUAUUCUUUUAUUUUUA